AUGGAAGAUUUUGCCUAUGUAGACAAAAAUGUGUAUAUAAAUCUUCUCCUGACCAUUUUAAAUAAAUGCAAAGAAUACCUUCUAGGGAUAGGAAUUUUGAAGCUGCUCUUUUGCUUGUGCAUAGUGCUCAUCAGCAUCAUCUUUGCCCGCCGUAAGAACAAAAAGAAGAAGAAGGUCAACAUAUAUAUACAGCUACAUAAUGUGCGCCACGGAAACGGUAAGAAGGCAGCAGAGCUAGCUGACGGCCAGAAAUGCUACUCAACCAAUGAAGAGGCACAAAUAGUAGAACCCACUUUUCCACAAACGCCUGAACAGACAGAUGUAGAACAAGUGAAUGACGAUUUUUACCACAUAACAUACAGCCCACAUAUUUUUGACCUAAAAAGUAUCAACAGUACCGAAUUGUGUAACGUAUGCAAUGAGAGCAUCUACUCAUUUAUUUUUUACAAAAAAGAUAUUUUCGAAUGCGUGGUGUGUAGAAAUAAGUGCCAUAUAGAAUGCGCCCCUAACUCCAAUUUGAUGAGCUGCAAAACGACUGUAUUUUUUAAAAAUAAACACAAGUUUAUAAAAAUUAGGAACUGCAUGUGGAAUAAUAAGUGCAACAUUUGCAGCAAAACAUUUUCCUACUUCUCCAUUCCCCCCUUUGUCAAACAGUACAUCUAUAAAUGCGUUUGGUGCAACAAAUAUUUUCAUGUCCACUGCGUAGAGAAGGCAGCCAAGAGAAAGGAACAAACGAAGGGUAGCAAAAAACAAGUGAAGGACGCAGUGUGCACCUAUGGAAAUAACAAGUAUUUGCUUCUCCCCUACGAAGUUGCCAUUAAGGAACACGUCCUUCUGGACUUCCUAACCAAUGCCUACCACCGUGUGAAGGAGGCGGAAGUGGGUAACGACGAGGUGCUCCUGAGCUACACCGCCCAAGCGUUGGAUGAUACACUGCGCGGUGAUGCCACGGGGGAAUUUAACACGCACGGGGGGAACGCAAAUAAAGGAAGCGCAAAUGGGGGAAGCGCAAAUGGGGGAGGCAAGCACACACCGGAGGAACAACUCUGCCCGGACUACGUAAACCACUUCCACACGUUUCACAAGAUGAGGACCUUUAAAUCAUUCCCCAGCUGUUCAAAAGCAAAAAGUGGGGUAACCCCGGUGCACGCCAACUUUCUCCUAAAUUUCUUCCCCAUCCAUUUGCCAAUCUACGAAAUAAAAAGCAGUAGAAGAAUUCUCCUCAUUUUCGUAAAUGUAAAAAGUGGAGGUCAAGCUGGGAAGAAGCUCUACCAAGAAUUGCUCAUGUAUUUUAACCCCCUACAAAUAAUAAGCAUAAAAAGUGAAAAAAAUGUUCUAAAUGCCCUUAAUAUGUAUAAGGAAAUGAUUUUCCUCAACAGAGUAAUCAUCCUCAUCUGUGGAGGGGAUGGAACGAUAAGCAUCUUCAUCGACACGUUAUUAAAAUUUUUUGCAAAUGAAGUUGCCAUCAGUGCUCAGCAGGGAAAGAACAAGGGGAAAUACAACAAACUGUACUGGAGUGAUAAGAAGAGUGAGCAGUUUGUCUCCACCAAAAAUACCUUCCUAAAUAAAACCAUCAUGAACAUUACGGCAAAGUUGAAGCAUAAUAAAGACGCCCUUAGGAAGAAGUGGGCCAAUAACAUCACCGCGCAGGCCAAAAAGCCGACUAACUUUUUUUUAAAAAAAAGGAGUGAGAAGGGUGAGAAGAAUGCUGAUGGGGAGGAGGCAGACCGCUGCGGUGACGAUGACGACGGUGAUGACGACGCGGGCCACAUAAGUGAGGAGAACGCGGAAACUUACUUUGGGAAUGACUCCUCUACGGCGCGAGCGUGGGGCGAAAGUCAAAGUGACGAGUUGGCGCCGAAGCAGGCGUCCAAGGCGAAGGCCGCGUUAAGUGGAGAGUUAAAUGGCGAGUUAAAUGGCGAGUUAAAUGGCGAGUUAAAUGGCGAGUUAAAUGGCGAGUUAAAUGGCGAGUUAAAUGGCGAGUUAAAUGGCGAGUUAAAUGGCGAGUUAAAUGGCGAGUUAAAUGGCGAGUUAAAUGGCGAGUUAAAUGGCGAGUUAAAUGGCGAGUUAAAUGGCGACUUCAGUGCCGACUUAAGUGCCGACCUGCGCCACCACCUGAACAGCGAGGCCAACGGCUGGAGCUCCGGGCGCAGCAGCCCCAAGGACCUGGCCAGGAGGGGCACCGAAGCCAAGGGCGCAAACGGGAAGUACCUGUACCUCUUCGAAAAGCUCAGGAACUUCAAAAAGAAGGGCGCCGAAAAGGAUGAAGGUGGAGAAAACGGAGACGACCUCUGCGAAGAUGAAGCCUACAAGGGAAGCACAGUGAAGAGCUUCCAAAAUGGAAACUCCAUGAUGGACAAGUACUACAAUAGCAACACACUUAUACAUAGUAAUUAUACAGAGAAUAAUGAGGACCCCUUUUUUGAAUCCCGGCGGGGGAAAGAGAAUGAAAAAAUGUUCGAUAAUAUUCUUUACCAUGAUUAUAAGGAGAAGUCCACCAGUUAUUUGCCAAUGAAAACCAAAUUAAAUGAAAAUUCCCCGUCGUACUGUCAGGAGGUUAGUGGGGCGAACCCAAGUGAUGAGCCGGACGGGACCGCGGGAGUGAACGCAAAGAAGGCACACAAUAAGCACCACUGUGCUAAUGACACCCGUUCGAAUUACAGUAAUGGGAAUUCACUUAACAGCGGCACUGCUGAUUGUGAUGGUGGGAGCGCUAACUGUGAUGGUGGAAGCGCUGACCGUGGUGGGGGCACCCCAGUGCAUCUCCGCAACGGGGACGAUGUGGCACCCCACCGGGGUGGUGCCUACCAAAGGAAUGUAAACGGGGAGACAGCCAAAACGGAGGGGCUCUCCAAGUUGGAAGCAGCCAAUCAAGAUGGAAGCGAUGAAGAUAUCGUCGUCCAACUGGAUAAUGGCUACAAAGUUGUGCACUCAAAGGGGGAAGAAAAAAACCGCCACGGUGAGCACCGCCAUGGUGAGCACCCCCAUGGAGAACCCCCCCAUGGUGAACGGAAAGAUAAAGAAAAGAGAUUGCACAAAAAUUCUCUCGAGUCCUACAUUGCGUGCGCACCUAUCGGUGUCCUCCCCCUAGGCACAGGAAACGAUUUAAGCUACAGCCUCGGGUGGGGGUGCGGAUACGGUAACGACCCACUGAUCUACUUCAACAGAAUGAAGAGCACAAAAAACGAACACGUAGAUGUAUGGAAUGUGAAGGCAUAUGACCUAGACAAUAAUAUCAUUUUAAAUAAUAGCUUUAUAAACUACUUUGACUUUGGGAUAAUCUCCAGGUUAGCUCUCCAUUUUGACAACAUCCGGAAAAAGUUCCCCCAUUUUUUUAAUAGCCGAAUUGGAAAUAAAAUACUCUACGGAGAGGUAGGCUUCAGGGACUUCUGCUUCAACACGUACAAAUAUAAGCUAAACAAGAACAUAAAACUGUACUGCGAUGGGAAGAAGGUCAAAAUUGAUGAGGAUAUUGAAAGCGUGUGCUUGAUUAACAUCCCGUACUUUCUUGGGGGGCUUAAAAUAUGGAAGGAGGACGACAAGGAUAAAAACUACCAUUCGGAUGUUGAUAGGCAAAAAAGGGAGCAUGUUGGGAGGCGGCCAAGCAAGCAGGAGGAGAAGAAGCAGGGGAAGGAACAACCGGAGGGGAACAAAUCAACCAACAGCUCCAGCAAUAGCAGCUUUAUCGGCUGCCCAAUGAAUGAUCAUUUGCCCCAUCAAAAGAGCGGAGGAAUUCUUUCGAACCGUUUCGGGGACAGGAAUGGACACCCUUAUGAUGACCAUAAAAAGAUGGCCAUGACGGAGUUUCUAAAAAGUGCCGCUUUGAAACACUCGGCUGGGGAGGAAGUCAACCCAUCGGAGUUUUUCCAAAAUGAAGAAACGAAUGAGACUACUCUACACAGUGAAGGAGAGAAUCAUCCACAAGGCGAGGAGAAUCCUUCUUCCCCCCCCCAGACGAACGAGCAGCCAUUCGACUACAGCAACAUAUACAAAUCGUAUAGACUGGACUUCUACAGACAAAAGAAACGGAAGCAGAAGUACCGAAAGCAGAAGAUGGACGAUAAGGUUAUUGAAGUCAUCGGGUUUCGCAAUAUGUUUCACAUUUUUCAGGUGCAGAUCGGCAUGUCCAGUGCGAUUAAGCUCUGCCAGGGGAGUGACAUCAAGGUGAAGAUUGACAAAGCGUUUAUUCAAAACAAGAACAAAAUUUACUUCCAGUACGACGGAGAGCCCGGCUUUCGCAACAUCCAUAAGUUGCAUUUCUCCCACAAGUAA